CUGAUCAACUUCUCAUCCAAGCCAGCGCCGCGGUCCUAGGUUUCGCCGUCGCCGCCGCCGCCGCCGCCGCCGUAGACCGAGCGGGCGACCGAGGAUGACCGCGGUGGAGAGGGACCCGUGCCCGGACCGCAUCCUGGACGACGUGGGCGGCGCGUUCGCGAUGGGCGCGGUGGGCGGCACCGCCUACCACUUCAUCAAGGGCGCGCGCAACUCCCCCAACGGCCACCGCCUCUCCGGCGGCUCCCAGGCCGCCCGCAUGAGCGCGCCGCGGACCGCGGGGGGCUUCGCGGCGUGGGGCUGCCUCUACUCCGCCUUCGACUGCGCCUUCGUCUACGCGCGCCGGAAGGAGGACCCCUGGAACUCCAUCCUCGCCGGCGGCGCCACCGGCGCCGUCCUCUCCCUGCGCCAUGGCAUGCUCGCCUCCGGGAAGGCCGCGCUCUUCGGCGCCGCCAUCCUCGCGCUCAUCGAGGGCUCCGGCAUCAUGAUCACCCGCACCAUGGCCACCCUUCCCCCGCUCCCCCCGGAGGACUCCCACAACCACCCUGCGCACGCUGCCUUCCCGUGGAUGCAGCCGCCGCAGCCGGUUGCCGUUGAGGAGGUCUCGCCCCCUGAAUCUAGCGCCAUUGGAUGGAUUAGGGGCUUGUUUGGGAGGAAGGAGAAGCCUGCUGCUGGUGACCGCAAGUCGGACAUGCUGGAGUCCUUCGAUACAACCAGCCCGCCCAUGCCAUCCUUCGACUACAGGUGAAAAGGGAUAUAUCUGAUCUUCAAAUUUGGAUGUGAAGCUUUAAAUGAAUCGUGGGACAAGGGGACCUUUUUGUUAGAUAAAGGGAACAUCAAAUUUAGCUCACAAUUCAUAUAAUCACUCGACAUAUUUUGACCACUUGACGUCCUUUUAUGUGUGAGUUUUAUCAUAGUGAUACUUGUUUUUUGGUACAAGUGAAAUUAGUCUAGGCUAUUUCCAUUAUAGUUAUAUAUGUUAUGAGUGAAAUUAGUCCAGAUAUCUCCAUUUUCCAUUCAGUACGUAGGUGUUUCACCGUUAUUCAAAAAUUUUGAAAAGUGAAAUCAACAACAAUAUAUUCAGGGAUCAUUUUUCAUCGUUUUGUUGUCGGCUUAAUUUUCUUGUUUCAGUCGUACUGCUUGCACAGCGCGGAGUUGAGACUUGAAGCUUUUAUCUGUUAUUAUCCUGGUAUUACAUACAAAACUACAAAUUUCAUACAAUAGUUACGUGAAUUUUUAAGUGUGCCAAGCGAACAGGCCAGCUGCAUUAAUUGUCCCCAAAGGGCCGGGUUCGUAAUCCUGUCGCAGGAACAAUGUAAUUUUAGCAUUUGUUAACAUUUUUAUAUUUACGGUUGCAUGGUAGACUCACUGCCUACC